CCGCCUGUGAGGAGUAAUUCUCGCGAGAUUACGAAACGGCAGAACGAUGCCGAGAAAAUGGAAGACUGUGCUAGCAUACCUAGCUGGCUAGCUGAGCGAAUCCUUUAUUAACCGGAAAAUAAUCAUUACGAUUCAAGGUAGGAUUCAAAUGGUUCUUGCAUUGUUCACGUAUACUCGCCAAACAUGUAAUUAUGGUUCAGCAAGCGUUGGAGACCGUUUCGCAGUGUUGGCAGGUAGUCUAGUAGCUAGGCUAACGUUAGCUUAAAUGAAGUGCAGCGAGCGGUGAUAUCGUCGCAAGAGAGGAUCCUCAUCUCCUCUGUUUAUGGAACAACUGCGUGUUUCCCGCUGUGCAGAACGAUGACGUUUCGCUUCUGUCCUUUCACGGCCAACUGAGAAAUGGUGGUGACAUAACGUUGUUACCUUUGGAUGCCUAAAUGGAUCCAACGGAAGCUAAUCGCCUCUCAGAUGGCUGCAAUGAGGAGGACCAGCAGAGCCAGUCGGAAGAGGCAGAAUCUAGUGCUAGGCCGACCAUGUCUCAGGUUAAAAAGUCCUGGGGCUUCAGGAGGACAACCAUUGCGAAACGGGAGUUCUUGGACGAAGUUGGCGAGCUGACCAACAGUCCUCCACUUGUACGCAGAGGCCGAAGUCGUCGAACCAACCAGACGCCCCCUCCCACUCUAGAAACCCACUCCCCCCAAAGAACUAGCAGUGCAACUAAGAGUGUUCUAGACAAGCUUGAGUGGUCCGCCCCAUCGUCCCCUGUGGCAGAAGAGGGCAAGCCGGCCCCCGAAGCUUCUGCAGGAGGGAGCCUUGGACCCGGCCUAUGGGGUCAGGAUUUUGGGUCUGCCUUCCACACUGCCUUCUCUUUGCUGGGCGGGAACGAGGACAUGUCAAUGGACAUGUCGAAUGCACUGGCAGUUCCUGACAUUUUGGAAGCCACUGAUUCCAUCAAGCCUCCUCCUCCAGAGGUUAUAGAAGACACCGAGGUGCCUGAUAAUAGCGAAUCUCCUGAUGAAAUGGAGACCUCGCCACCUUGUACUCCUGACAAUGUUGCAGGAGGGGACAUCGACGACGUGGUAUUGAUUUCUAGUCAAGAAGAGGACAAUAAUGAAAUGCCUCUGAUACAGAUUAAAGAGCAACUGGCAUUGAGAGGCAGACAAGGAGACACACGAUCUAGAGGGGUUAGAGGUGGAAAAGGAAAGGCCAGAGGGAGGGGCAGGGGCAGAGGCCGAGGAAGGGGAAAAGGUAGAGGAAGGGGCAGAGGGAGGGGAAGGCCUCCUGCGCUUCAAUCAAGCCUGGUGGAUGAUGAGGACAACGAUGAUGAGGUCAUGCUCGUACAUCCAUUGGAACAGCAGCUGCAACGUGAGGCGAAAGAAAACGAUCCACGUGGAUCUGCGGAAAUCGAGAUAUCAUCCAACUCCGACAUCACUCUGAGUCCCACUCAGCAGACAAGCUCCGACUGCAUAGUCAUCGACACAGAUUUGGACCAGAACAGUGAUGUGACGCCUGGACAGUAUGAAAAUGCACCAGAGGAGGACGACGCGGAGGCGGGGGAGGAGGUGGAGAAUAAGAUGAAGAAAAAAAGGAAGUGUUUAAGCAUGUCAGACGCAGAGGGCUCCGACUCCAAUGCUCUGUACUGCAUCUGUCGACAAAAACAAGAUAAACGGUUCAUGAUCUGCUGUGACAAAUGCCAGGACUGGUUCCAUGGCGACUGUGUUGGCAUCACUGCGUCAAAGGGCCGUAAGAUGGAGAGGAACGGGGAAGAGUACAUCUGCCCUCCUUGCACUACAAAGAUGCGACUCCAACUUCAAUCGACGCUUCACGUUGAACCGCAGCCUGAGCUGAGCUACCCUGACUGCUUGACACAGAGUCCUCCUGGUGGAGAACAGGAGCGGCACGAGGAGCAACAAGACCCCAAGGAGACUGUUAUAGUGUUAGAGGAGGAGGAGGAGCCUGCGAUGACGAGGCUGGACCCGGAACCUGAGCCGGAGCCUGAGCCGCAACCGGAACCUGAGCCAGAACCAGAAUCUGUUCCGGAACCAGAACCUGUUACGGAACCUGAGAUGGAGACCGAGAACUUGCUUCCUGUGUGCAUUGGACCCCUGUGCUCCAGACAAGCUCUGCAGGACUCUGUCUACUGUGGCACUGAGUGCAUCCUGCAACACGCUGCCGUCACUAUGAAGACUCUCUCCGGUCCAAAGGUGACGAAGUUCAGACGACGGCCACCGAAAAAACCUGUCACCGCCAGACCCGCCGCCAAGGGUCAGAGGUCGGAUAGGAUGUCAAAGAGAUUAGCAGGAAGAGCUGAGGAGGCAAUGAAGGAAGAUGAUGGGCAUGAGGAGGCUGCAUCUCCCUUAGCCUGCGACCCCAGUCUCACAGAAGUACAGGCCACUGCCAUACCGUCAUCUAAGUUAAACACAGCGUCUGUGAAGGACGCCCAAGAGGAAGAGGCUGACAGUGAUGCUGUAACUCCACCCGUACAACCUCCGGAGGACCCCUCAAUAGAUGCAGCUGCACCCUCCGUGCCCCCAUGUGAGUCAGACCCCCCGCAGAGCGACUCCCAAGCAAAGGAGGCGAUCAACAGCGCUGCGCCCGAACUGCAGUCUUCAGAGACAGAUCCCUCUCUACCACCCAAAGCAGCCAAACCUGGUCCAUCUCCAGCUGCUCCAUCCCCGUCCACCUCCGCUGCCAGGCAUCACGAAACGGGCGCUCUCAUGGUCACUAAGACCACGUACGUCAUACCAAAGAAGCAGCCCGGACCCCAGCCUCCGUCCAGCCACGCGUCUCCAGCCGCUUCAUCAUCAUCAUCAUCAUCUGCAUCAUCAUCCGCAUCACCGGCAUCAUCAUCUGCAUCAUCAUCCGCAUCGGGCCAGAAGCCUCCUUCAGCCCCCGCGCUGGUGAACGAAACCAGAAACCUGCUGGUGCCACCCGCACCCAGUGCUCCCUCCUCCAGACCCUCUCAGCCCAAUAACCAGAUAAGACAGAGCAUCCAGCGCUCCCUCUCCGGCAUCCUGCUUAAAAGGUUGUGUGACUGUGACGAUUUGGAGCUGUCUGAGAGUGAAGUUUCAAAGCUCGUUGCGAGCAUUGAGAUGGAGAUGUUCAACAUAUUUCGCAACACAGACAGCAAAUACAUGAACAAGUACAGAACUAUAAUGUUCAACCUGAAAGACCCAAGAAACAAGGGUUUGCUGUCUCGGGUUGUACACGGAGAGAUCAGUCCCUUUAGACUGGCUAGGAUGAGCCAGAAGGACAUGCAGGCCACCAAAGCAUCGGAGCCAAGUGCAAAAGACACCACGGAGGUCAAGGGUUCUGCCACCAAAGCGACAAAUUUGCAGCAGAAGCCUGAAGCGGUGACUGUUGAUUUGCCCAGUUUGAAUCCCGCUAGACCCAACAGAAGCACGGUUGCUCUCCUGGAACAAAAGAAAUGUCUGCCAGCUCCAGCUCCUACGCUCAAGACGAGGACAGUGCAGCCAAGCCAGGGAAGCGCUAAACCAGAUGUUCUUACCUGUAUGCUGAAGGACACGACAUCGGAGCACAAAGCUCACAUCUUUGACCUCAAAUGCAAGAUAUGUACUGGCCAAAUGCUCGUCGGGGAAGAAGAGGAACCCGUAAGGAAAAAACCCAAGUUAUCUGAAACAAGAGAUAAACGUGAACGCCCCUGGAGAAAGACUGCAGGAGAUGACUCCCCUCUCCGGGAGCCGCCUGACUCACCGGACAUGGAUUCGCCGACAUCCUCCCUAUUUGACCCUUCAACCCGCCUGGUCAUAGACGCUCCAGCAUUAACUAUUGUUGAACCCCCUGCUUCCCCAAUAAUGGAAUCUCCAGCCUCCCCUACUUUAGACUCUCCUGCUUCCCCUGUCAUGGAGUCCCCCGCAUCCCCAACGCCAGAAACUGCAAAAAGUACGACACGAAAGACGGGCUACGACCCAGUUGUCAUCCCCGCUGUCUCCACAGUAUCGAUCACAAGGCGUGACCCUCGCACAGCGGCAGGCAGGUUCUCUGCUCCGUCCAGUGGCCCUUCUGGUCCCGGUAACGCAACCCGAUCGGUCCAUUAUGCUCCUCUUAAAGAGGCCACCUCCGCGUCUCCCCCGGCACCAGCCCCCUCUGCGCCGCUAACGAAACCGUUACCUAAGUCUAUCUUAAUGAAGCCUUCUUCCUCUGUGGAUCCCAGACUCUAUGGCACAUCCUCAAGGACCGUGAUCUCUGAAUCACCAGCUGAUGUGGAGACUUGUCAGUUCUUGGCCAAGCAAGACAUUGUAUGGAAAGGCUUCCUAAACAUGCUCUCUGUGGCCAAGUUUGUCACCAAGGGAUAUCUGAUUUCAGGACCUGCUGAAAAUCUUAAAAUGGAUCUACCUGAUACCAUACAAAUCGGUGGACGAAUCCCGCCUCAAACAGUGUGGGACUAUGUUGCAAAACUAAAGAGCUCUAUUACAAAGGAGUUAUGUGUGAUCCGUUUUCACCCUGCAACAGAGGAGGAAGAGGUGGCCUAUGUGUCCCUGUUUUCCUAUUUCAGCAGCAGAGGACGUUAUGGAGUGGUCGCCAAUGGCAGCCGCUCCAUCAAGGAUAUAUACCUCGUCCCACUCGGCGCAAAGGAACCAAUCCCAGCCAUGCUACAACCUUUCGACGGACCAGGUCUUGAAAAAAAACGGCCCAAUCUUCUCCUGGGUCUAGCAGUCAUCCAGAAGUCAAAACGUCCAGGAAGCUUGCCUCAGGAAAUUGAAGAGAAGAGACCAAAGGUUCCAAUGUCCAAAGACCCGAUGUGGAUUCCAAAACCCCCCGUCCUCUAUGGAUCUGACAGAUCGGAAAUGUUCCAACCAUACGAUCCAAUGACUCCUGCUAGCACCACACCUCCUGGCACACCACCUUGCCCUGGGUCCCCAUCAGACUCUUCCUCUUCCAGCUCAGUGACCAUGCCACCCUGUGUGACUUCCAUUAUAACACAACCACCUGUUUCAACCUCAUCCUCUGUUGCUGUCACUGAGGCCACCGUCUCUGAAAAGAAUCCCAUAACACCCAGCAAUAAAACACCGCUGCAGAUCUUAAAAAGUUUGUUUGGCAAUAAUGACACUGUGGUCCCCUCUGAGAGAAGUUCUACAUCAACAAAAACAGUUAGUGUUGGGAAGGUUUCUGGGUCAAUGGUUGAUCCAAUUGUCCAACAGUAUGGACAGAAAUCUAAAGUUAAAAAAAUGGAAGAAGAAGAACAAAAUGAAUUUGACCGACCAUAUGACCCAGAAGAGGAGUACGAUCCAGCAAUGGGAUAUGGACAGGUUACUAAGAGCAUUAAAACAAUUAAGGCAGAUGGCCCUGCAAUAUUAGGCUUUGUAGAUGAUGGUGUGGCCUAUGAUCCAGAGGAUGAGACCAUCUUUGCAGAUAUUCAAAGUGAUGUAACGAAACCACCUGUUCCAACUCAAACAUCAGAUUCUCCAUCAUGCCCAACCACAAUUUCUACCCAGAUUGUAACGCCAACUCCAGCACAAACCUCCACCCCAUCUGGAGUAAUUCAGAACAUUCCUACAGGCACUGUGGUUGUCUCAGCUGCAACACUAACUGAACAACAGCGGAUGCUUGAGGAGCUAAAUAAGCAAAUUGAAGAGCAAAAACAGCAGUUGAAGGAGCAGGAAGAAGCACUCCGUCAACAGAGAGAGGCUGUGGGUAUGUUCAUGGCUCACUUUUCUGUUUCUGAUAACCUGAUGUCUCCCCCACAAAAAACUUUGCCUCUCAGUCAACUUUCCGGAUCGACAGACAAAACCAGCAACCCUACAGAGUCUGUGGACGGUUCCAACGUGGAUACACAAACUGUUAAACUAGAAGACUCAACUGCCAUCCUUAAUUUCGAAAAUGAUACAGAGACUGUUAAAGAGCAAGAAGAAACACAGGACAAUGUAAAGGAAAAUGAACAGUAUUCCUCUGCUGGUGAGAUUGAAGACUCUGAUGUUGCUUAUGAUCCUGAGGAUGAAUCUCUUUUUAAUGAAAUGCAAGAAGAUGUAUUUCAAGGAGGAAGUUUAAAUACUUGUGAUUCCUCUUCGUCAAAAACGGGAUAUACUUCUGGCCGCAAGGGCUCUCUUAAUUUAUACCACAGCAGAAAGCGAAAGCUAUCCCCAAAGAAGCGAAGUCAUCGUGAAAGAGAGCGCCAUAGAAGUCCUUCAAGAAGAUCAGAACAGCGUUCUCCUUCACAUUCCCGGAGACGUAGGGAAAGGGAUAGACACAGAAGAAGUGAAGGGGAAAAGUCAAGGCAUAGAGCUAGAGAGCCGUCUGAACGUCAGGGUCGGCACCGCAAAGAGCAUACUUCACGCCGGCAUUCUCAUGGACGUAGAAGAUCCACAUCCUCUGCUAGAAUAAAAAAUUCAGAGUCCCUUUCACCAAAGCAGAGCAGAAGGGCUUCCCCACAAGUCCUUGAGAAAUCAGCUGAUGUAAAUGUUCAGUGUAGUGUUUCAGACUCUUCAGACUAUAUUGUUGGACAACUUGUGGGGAGUAACAAAUCAUCAUUUCCCCUGGCAACUAUUAAAAAUGACCCCGAUGGACAAAAAAGUAAUCUUGGAAAGAGCGUUGAUAAAGGCGUUUCGCCCUGUUCACAUGAACUUUAUCAUAACGUGAAGCUUGAAACUUUAGAACCACCACAUGCCCAGGAGUCUCAAAAAUCUUCAGUCAUUGACCAAGAUAAAACAGAAAGUGGUUCUUCGACACACAUGGAUAAGCCCUCCCAACGGGAGACAAUGUUUAUGAGCAAAUUCGAAAGUACGAUCCCUUUAAGAGAAAUAGAUCCACCCAUUCGAGAUUCUCCUCACAGCCCUGAUCCAGAGCCACAAUUUGUGAAACCUAGCAACAUAGAAAAUACUAACUCUGGAAAAGUUGAGGAAAUCCCAGAUCCUUUGACGAAUAUCAGCAGUUCAACGACCAACCUUAAGACUGAAGAUAAUUUUCUGUCUAUUGGAGGACAAACAACAAUGUCCAACAUGUUGUGGCCUUCUGUUGGAGGCUCAAUAUCAAAAAAUAAAUAUAGUGGUUUGAGAGCCCAGAGGAAUCAUCCAGGACUCCGAGAUAUGGAUAUGAAAGAGGCAGACCAACAGAUAGAAGGGAGAAAUCCAGGCUUAAUGCAUCGAGACAUUCCGGGUCAAGGUGAAGUACUUCCAGCUAUAGGCACAGAUGCUAAAGGCCCAGGAAGUGAAAUAGACCCAGUGAGUGAACCUAGACAUAUGAGUCCACAUGCAGAUAGUAGAGAAACAAGAAUGCAAUUCCCAGCGCCUACUAUGAGAGAUCCAGGUAUGCAAGUAACAAGUUCCAACUAUUGUGGUCAUGGAUCACAAACACAAGACGUAACUGGUAUGACAGGUGUAAACCCAGAAGUGAAAGGCCCCAGUUUCGGAAGAGGUGGCAGCCAAAAAGAUAAAGGGGAAAGUCCAAAUACUGGAGGUAUCCGAUCUACUUUGAGGAGUGGUGAUGUAACAGAUCCGAGUCCAGAUAUAAAGAGAACUAGUACAUCUUUUGGGGGUUUGGGACGAGUUCAAAGGGAAUCUAGGCAUGAUGCAAGUGCAGCUUUAGAGGAAAUGGGUCACUCAAAAAGGGGUUUUCAGGCUCAUGGAGGAGAUGCAUUCUUCAGUGAUUCAAAUGCCGCUUCAGGUUCAGAAGGCAGAGCUCCAGGGGCAAUGACAGAUGAAAAGUGGGGCCUACAAAGAGGGAAACCAGGGUCAAACAUAAAUGAAAGUAGUGGACCAGGCAGUAGCAGACUUAGAGAACAAUUCAUGGAACUACGGCCGGAUAUGAGGACGGAAAGGAGUGCGCAUGGCACGGACAGAAGAGAAUUAGAUCCCAUGUAUGAGUAUCAAGAUAUGGGUAGUUCAGAUACAAGAGGGGGUGGCUUCCCAAACAUUUCAAAUCCAGAUUGGAUAGGUCUGAGACCAGGUGUUGAUCUGGAUAUGAAGGGACACAGGGGUCAAAAUAAAGGACAGGCACCCCAAGCAAGGGGUCAAGAUUUGAGUGGUCCAGGAUCUGACAUAAGAGAUGAUUGGAUAAGGAGAGAUAGGAGAAGACCAGGUCCAGUCAGAGAGGGGCCAUUUGAAGAUGGACCUAGAAUUAUUCAGCCUGAUAAAAGAGGGGUUGCAGAAGUAGACUUUAGAGGACCAAGGUCUGAAAUGAUUGGUCCCAACAUGGAGCAACUCGGGCAUGAAAGGAGGAGACCGGUAGAAGCUGAUUUCAUGGGACAGGAGCCUGACAAAAGAGGUCAAAGUAGGCACAAUUUAGGACCUGGAAUACAUGGUCCAGGUGGUUCAGACUUUGGACCAGUACUUGAAAGAAGAGGGCUAGUUAUGGAUGGUCUGGGGCCUAUUAAAAGACAACCUGAGGGUCCACAUUUCACAGGACCUGAGAGAAAAGAGCCCACGCUGGAGGGUCAGGGAGCUGAAAUGAGAAUACUGGCAGGUCCAGAUUUUGGUGUAUCACGCCCUGAAAUUAGAGGACCUGAUAUGGGUGGUCUACGACCCGAAAGGAGAGGUCUAGCCUUAGAGGGUCCUGGACCUGGUCCAGAUUUCAGUGGACCGGGACCUGAUACAAGAGGUUUAUCUAUUGAGUGUCCUGGUCCAGACAGAAGAGGACCUGGUGUUCCAGAUUCCAGGAGGCCGGGGCCUGAAAGAUGCUUCUCCAUGGAAGGUCCCUGGCCUGACAGGACAGGACCUGGAGGUCAAGAUUUCAGGGGACCAGGGGCUGAAAGUGGAAGCUUUUCUGUUGGCGGUCCUGGGCCUGAGAUAAGAGGACUUAGAGGUCCUGAUUUCAGUGGUCCAGGGCCUGAUAGCGGAGGCUUAUAUAUAGAGGGUCCGGGUCCCGUCAGGAAUCAGCCUGGAGGUCAGAGUUUAAGAGGACUAGGACCUCAAUGGAGAGGAAAAGUUAUGGGGGUUCCUGGGCCUGACAAGAGAGGAUCUGAAGGUCCAGAUUUCAGAGGCCCUGGGCUUGAGAGAAGAGGUCCAGCUACGGAGAUUCCUGGGCCUGACAGGCCAGAUAUCCGGGCAACGGGGUCUGAAAGCAGAGGCUUAUUAGUGGAGGGUCCAGGGCCUGACAGAAGAGGUCCUGGAGGUCCAGAUUUCAGGGGACCGGGACCUCAUAUUAGAAUUCCAGCAAUGGAAGGUCCUGGGCCAGACAGGAGAGGACCUAGAGGUACAGAUUUCAGGGAACCAGGACCUUAUAUUAGAAGUAUAGCUAUGGAGGGUCCUGGGCCGGACCGAAGAGGACCUAGAGGUUCAGAUUUCAGGGGACCAGGACCUUAUAUUGGAAGUCCAGCUAUGGAGGGUCCUAGGCCAGGCAGGAGAGUACCUGGUGGUACAGAUUUCACCGGAUCAGAUCCUGAGAGGAGAGGUCUAGCUAUGGAGGGUCCAGGGCCCGAGAGGAGAGGUCCAGCCUUGGAGGGCCCACGGCCUGACAGAAGAGGUACUGGAGGUCCAGAUUUCAGGGGCCCAGAACCCCAUAUAAGAGGUGCAGCUAUGGAGGGUCCUGGGCCAGUCAGGAGAGGACCUGGAAGUACAGAUUUCAGGGGACCAGAUCCUGAGAGACGAGGUGCAGCCAUGGAGGGCCCAGGGUCUGAAAGGAGAGGCCCUGGAGGUCCAGAUUUCAGGGGAUCAGGGCUUGAGAGACGAAGUCCAGCAAUGGAAGGUCCUGGGCCGGACUGGAGAGGACCUAUAGGUCCAGAUUUCAGAGGAUCAAAGACAAAAAGGAGAAGUUUAUCUGUUGAGCGUCCUGGGCCUGAUAGUAGAGGAUCAGGGUGUCCAGAUAUCGGAGGAGAAGAACUUGAAAGGCGAGUUUCUGCUAUGGAGGCACAUGGACCAAACAAAAGAGGGCCAGGAGGUUCAGAUUUUAGUGGACCAGGAUCUAAUAGAGAACAUCCUACUAUGGGUUGUCUCUGGCCUGCCAGGAGAGAAUCAGAAGUUCCUGACUUUAGUGUGACGGGACAUGAAAGAAGAGGUCCUACUAUGGACAGUCAAGAAUCAGACAGGAGAGGCCUGGGACAUCCUGGGUUCCAGGGACUACAGCCUGAAAGUAAAGAUCCAACUAUUGAUGGUCUAGGGCCUGGGGUAAGAGGACCAGAACGUCUGGAAUUUAGGGGGCCAGGGUACGAAAGUAGAGGCAUCUCCAUGAAGGGUCAAGGACCUGAGAGGAUGGGUCUAGAAGAUCAAAACACUGAUAUACAUGGUGCAGACAGGAGGGGACCAUAUUUGAGAGGUCCAGGAACUGAGUUUACUGGAAUGGGACCUGAAAGAUCUGGUCAAGGCAUUGAAGGUACAGGCCCUGAUGGUAGAGGACGCAGAGGACAACAAAUCAGGGGUCCAGGGCCACAAAGCGGACAGCAAAAUGUUGAGGGGCCAGGACUUGACAGGAGGGGUCCAUUUAUGAGGCCGGAAGGACCAUGUUCUAGUAUGGAUGGUGCAGGGCCCAACAGUAGAGUGCCUGGAGGUCCAGACAUGAGGAGACCACAUUUUAAACCAGGAGGUAUACCUCCAAACAUGGAGGGUCCAGAGUCUGAUUGGCAUGGUCCACACAUUAUGGCGGUGAGGCCUGAAAGAACUGUUAUGGAGGGUCCUGGGUCUGAAAUUAUGUGUCCAAGAGGUCCAGACUUUGAAGAUCCCAAUUUUGAAAGUGGAUGUCCAGGCGUUUUGUACCCUGGGCUUGUCAGACACGAGCCUGGAGAACGAAGACAUCCAGAUAUGGAGGGCCUUGGACCAGAAUGCAGAAUAUCUGGUGGUCCGGACUUUAGAGGCCGAGGUAUCAGACAGAAAGGUCCAAGUUCAGAUGGUCUCAGGCCAAGAAGAGAUAACUGGGAAGGGGUUGACUUUGGCGGGUCGGAACCUAUCCAUGAGAGACAAGACAUUGCAGGCCAAGGAGCUGAUAGAACAGGACGAAACGUAAGGGGUUCAAGGCCUAUAAGGGGAGGCAUUAGAGAACCACGGCCAGAUACAAGCAGUCUAAAUCGGGAAGACAAAUGGAAAGGGACUAACUUCAGGGGCUCUGCACUUGAUAGGAGAGGCACAGGCAUAGAAGAACAAUGGUCAGAUGAAAGAGGGCCCAGUAUGGAGUCUGUAGGAAAUGAAAGAGAAUGUUCAGGAGAUGAUUGGAGAAGAUAUGGCAACAGAGGUCCAAGCUCCAUCCAAGAAGGUCCAGAUGAACAGGUCAAAGAACAUAGUUGGGAGGAUCCUUGUGAGGAAUGGAGAGACCCUGAAAGUAGGGGGUCACGGUUCACAGAGGAAAGACCAAAUAUACAGUUUCCAGAGCCUUUGAGAGGUCGAGGAGAUGAUUGGAGUGGUCCUGUUUGCAGGGGCCCAGGGCAUGUCCAGGGUGACGAAGAUAUAGUUUACCCAGGGCCUGGUAGGGGAGGGCCUGGAAAUAGAUGGAGAGGGUCACAAAGAGGGGGUGCUGAACCAAAUAGAAGGGGACGUGGAUCAUUUUUCAGUGGAGAAACAGACCCUGACAAUAGACAGGGUCGAGGCUGUAAUAGAAGAGGUCCAAAUAUGCGACAACCAGGAUCAGAUUUAAGAGGGGGGCAUAUUGAGAACGUCUGGAUGCAGCCAGAUUUAAGGGGUAAUAUGAGAAGGCCAGGCAUGAAUGGACGUGGGGCACCUGAAAUGAAUUCAUACCCCAACAGGAGAGAUUUUGAAAUUGAAGGUCAUGAUGGAAAAGUCCCCAGAGGUCCAGAUUCAAGGUUCACAGGGUCCGAAAACAGAAAUUCAAACUUUGAAGCUCCAGUGACCGAUGAGAGGUUUUCACAUUGUGCAGGAUUAGCCUCUGAAAGACUAGGUGUAGAUGAGGAAAGCCCUAGAACAGGUAGACAGCACGAUUUUAGGAGGGGAAGGAGAGGGGCAGGUAUGAGAAGGCCUGGGCUUGUUAAAGCAGAUAGGGGAGCAUCUGACAGGUUAGAUAUAAGACAUGGACAUGGGAGGUGGGAUACACACACUGAGGGUCCUACAUCUGCUAGAAGAGGUCCAGAAAUGGGCCCAGAGUUAGAAUUGAAGGAUGACAUGCAGGGUUCAAAUAUAAGGGGGGGUGGGUGUGAUAGUAGAGGGCCUAACCUGACAGCAUCACCUCAUUUUAAUAGUCCUCAUCUAGUUGACAGAUCCCAAGGCCGUAGAGAUCCACAUUCUGCAACAUACAAUGAAUCCCUAGGUCCAACCCAAAACAGAGGAGGAAACUCACACCCCGGUUUUGACAAGCUUCAGAAUCAGCACGCAGUAAAGCCCCAGAGACACAGAGCUGCCUUGCUUCCCACUCCAACAGGUAUAACACGCUUUCCAAAUCACAUGAUCAACAAUCCCGAUGUCCUUAGCCCAAAACGGAAAGAACUAGGUCACCCAACAAACAGGACAUGGAGUCGAGAACGUGAGUUAAUCAAAGGGCAAAGACGGACGCAGGAGACAAGUCCUUCUGGUCAAAAAAGCACAGCUGAAGAAAAAAACAAAGGGGAAGGAGAAGGAAAUAAGGAAGUGCGCAAUGUGACUGUUAAACAGGAUACGUGUGUAGAAAAUAAAACAAAUGAAAGCAAUGUCAAGCCAAUUUAGACACAAGCAAAAAUCAUAACCCGUGGACCCCUCAGAACACUAGGUGUCAUAUCUAAUCACAUUGAAUAGAGAAACUACAGCAAAAAACAAACUUGAAUGUAUUUUUUCUUCAUAAAAUGUUGUUCCAUGUCUUUCAUUUUCAUUUAAAAAAGACAGGCAAAGCAAUGCGGAAGAUCAGACAUUGUAGCUUGAUAUGCUCUGAAGUAUUUGAGUUAAUUACAUUUCUCUUGCAUUCGAAGUAGAUGCAUUUUUUUUUUUUUUAUUGAAAUAUGACUAAUCAAUCACGUCAACUUUGAGGUGAUUCAUUUUCAGAUGGAUAUGGCAAGAAAUGUUUUGUACAGAGAAUGUCAUUUUUUUUGUUUUGUUUGAUUUUUAACAUAGCCAUGUCAGUAGCCUGAAUCUAGCUGGAAAAAAUGGAUUGUUUUGUUGUUCUUUUAGAAUGCAAGAUGUCAAUAAAUUGAUAUACCUUUUUUAAA